AGGCAGCUGCUGGGAUCCAUUGCAGGUUUUCUUUUCCUCGGCAGAAGAAGUGUGCAUGGAAGAAAGGCAUGCUCACCGGGUCAUUUUUCAGGCUUGCUGUGUCCAGGUUUGAUGUAUUAGAAACUUGUUAAACUCCGAGUACGGCUGUGUGCCUUCUCAGCAAGCUGGGAAAGAACAGAGAUUGCAGAAAGCCUCCCUCACUUUAUUAAAACUGAAACAUGCUGGUUAACAACUUCCUACUCUGUGCAGCACCGCGGCAAGAUAGCUUCGAUUCUCUUCACCUUAAAUACCUGUUGAUCUUUUAACAAGAUUUUGUUCUAGUCCUGCCAUGGGAAAAUAAAAGGAUAGCAUGUGCUUGGAUUAAUCCAGUAAGAUUGUAAACUCAGAAUUCAGGACUAUUGCAGUAUCCUUUGUACUCCGUUACUGCUUUUUAAAACUGUUAUCACUGGAAGACAACAGCACGUAAGAGUGCACAGACAAGAAACACAGAUGUGAAGAAACUUUGUUUGCCACAUCUGAGUGGUUGGCCCCCAGCCUUGUUAGUAACACCUAUGACUUCAGGUGCACUACAUUAGCCCAGGAAAACACUUUUCUUCAUCUCUGUUAACGCUUUUUCGAAAGGAGCCAUGUGGGCAGCUAAAGGACGGAGGGAAAUCUGCAAGUGACUGGAGUGUAGACAGGAAGCCCUAAGGGCAGAGAGGGCUGUGUUUUGGAGAUUUUGCAGGAGUCCCACAGCACAAGAAUCCCUCAGAAACCAGGUGCAAAUCCUAUGCUGUAACAGAGUUUAUUGUUCAAGCAAGAGCGAACUUUUCUGACAACAAUGUUGGGAAAAUGAAUGAGGAUGCAGAAUGGAGAACAACAAGGGAAAGCUUAUCAGAAAAGCAGGAAAAGAAUUUCAGCAAUUGCUUAAAAUCUGAGUGCAAGACAGACUCUUUAUCUUCCACAGAGAAGAAAGGUGAACAGCCAGUAGAUUCUUGUCCUGUUUGGGUAAAGCAGCAGGGGGAUACCAAUGGCUCUACACAAACGGAGUGCAGAGAGGAUGCACAGUGCACAGCUUGCUCAAACAGAAAGUCGCUCAGCUCCAUUGGGAGAAUGGAUUAUAAUAGCCCUUCAGCUAGGCUUGUGGUAGAAGCAGCAAUCAAGGCAGCCCAUGAAAGGCAGAGGCGUCCAAAAAGUUACUGUCUUUCAGGGAAUGCUGUUGAACCUGAGCGGAAUGCAUCUCCACCACUUAGAACACAUUCAGUAAGCAACUUACUGGAUUUUUUUAAGUUCCGCUCAGGAAAAAAAUGUGAGAGUCCAAACAAAUCCUUCAGGGAAGAAGAUGCCAAAGUGCCAUCAUUUGUCAAAAGUGGGAAUACACCAGUCAGUCGAAGAGGCCAUCGGAGACCUCUAAGCAUGACAUUCUUGGAGGUGAACAAACUUGCAUGUGUUGUGCCUGAGACUCCUGCACAGCACCAUCUGACCAAUCUGAGUAGGAGUAACAGUUCUAAUUUCUUACGGGGGAACCUUUUCUUCAGCAGCCACAGAUGGAAUAUGUUUAGUCGAGAAGUUAAACCAUCUCCUAGUAGUGACAAACAGGGACAUGAAAAUUCCAAAAAAGGCUUUUCUCUUCUGAGGAAGAGCUUCAGUUUUCGUGUAAAAAGAGGUCAGGAAGUCCAAAUCAAUUUAACAGAAAGUGGACGAGCCAGAGCCAGGAGUGACAGUGAUGGCAGCAAUAUUUUGCAGUCUUUUUCUAUUCUCAGGAAAAAAAAUGUGUUGAGUCCUGGCAAAAAUGCCAGUGGUCCAGUACGAGAAGGUACGGGACAGUAUAUUUGGAGUCCAAGUAAUGGACGGCAGAGGCCUUUUGAAGAUGCAGCUAGACCGGAGGUCUUGAAAAAUACCAGUAAAACAUCAAAUGAUUCAAAUGAGCAAAGCCUUUGGAAAUUACUGACCAGUCGGUUCAGGCGAAAGGAACAGGUGGACAGUGCAUCCCCAAAAAGUCCUUUUGCUGGAAUCAAUAAACCCUCUUAUCACUCUGCUUCCCUUGAUGGACGUGGCAGAAAAAUUCCACUGUGGGCAAGGAAAUGGGACGUGGGGGGAGAUUUAACUGCUAGAAUGAAUGCAUCUGAAUACAAGGAUUCCUUUGUGAACAGUCAAGAGUGGACAUUGAGCAGGUCUGUGCCAGAACUUAAAGUGGGAAUCGUGGGUAACCUUUCAAGUGGGAAGUCUGCUCUAGUUCAUCGAUACCUGACUGGAACUUACGUACAAGAAGAGUCUCCUGAAGGUGGAAGGUUUAAGAAGGAGAUUGUGGUGGAUGGCCAGAGCUACCUCUUACUGAUUCGGGAUGAAGGAGGUCCACCUGAGCUCCAGUUUGCAGCUUGGGUUGAUGCCGUGGUGUUCGUGUUUAGCUUGGAGGAUGAAAUCAGUUUUCAAACUGUAUACAACUACUACCUACGCCUGUGCACUUACAGAAACACGGCCGAAGUGCCCUUGGUCCUUGUUGGCACACAAGAUGCAAUCAGUGCAAGUAAUCCGAGGGUGAUUGAUGAUGCGAGGGCCAGAAAGCUGUCCAAUGAUUUGAAGCGAUGCACUUACUACGAAACCUGUGCCACGUACGGACUGAACGUGGAACGAGUCUUCCAGGAUGUUGCUCAGAAAGUUGUGGCCUUUCGAAAGAAGCAACAGCUUGCCAUUGGUCCCUGCAAGUCCUUGCCGAACUCUCCAAGUCAUUCGUCUGUGUCUUCUGCUACCAUUCCUUCCAUGCAUAUUAACCAGGCUGCCAAUGGAGGAGGACCAUUCAGUGACUAUUCCUCAUCUGUGCCGUCAACCCCUAGCAUCAGUCAGAGGGAACUACGGAUUGAAACAAUUGCUGCAUCCAAUACACCCACACCCAUCCGCAAGCAAUCCAAGCGCCGUUCUAAUAUCUUCACAUCUCGAAAAGCCAGUGAGAUUGAUAAAGAAAAGAAGAAUCUGGAGUGCAAGACGGACAAUAUUGGCAGUGGGAGAGCCAUUCCAAUCAAGCAGGGCAUUCUGUUGAAGAGAAGUGGAAAGUCCUUAAACAAAGAGUGGAAGAAGAAAUAUGUCACUUUGUGUGAUAACGGACUCCUUACCUAUCACCCUAGUUUACACGACUACAUGCAAAAUGUGCAUGGGAAGGAGAUUGAUUUGCUGCGCACAACUGUGAAAGUACCAGGGAAAAGACCACCACGAGCCAACACAACUGCACCUAGUGCCAGUCCUAAAACGAAUGGCCUUACAAAAGAAAAGAGCAGCCUUCAGCUGGCUACAAACACAGGUGCUCCACAUUCAACCAGCAGUGGGUCUCUACAAUCAGAACGCUCAGUUAGUGGGAUUAACCUAAUGAGUUUCAGCUCAAAACCAGAUGGACUGUACCAGCGGUCAUUGUCUGUCUCCAGUGCUGACCAGUGGAGCGAGCCUGCCAUUCCUCCGAGCAGCAGCACUGGCACCAGUGCAGCUAACGGCACAUCAGAUUUGCUGAGUUCUAGCCCCAGCAUGACAAGUUCCACGAGUCCUAAGCUAGAACCGCCUCCAUCUCCUCAUGCUAACAGGAAAAAACACAGAAGGAAAAAAAGUACAGGUACCACAAAACCAGAUGGGCCUUCUCCUGGUACCGAAGAGCAUGAGGAAUCGUUUGAGUUCAUCAUUGUGUCGUUAACAGGACAGAUGUGGCACUUUGAAGCAUCAACCUAUGAAGAGAGGGAAUUAUGGGUCCAAGCCAUUGAAAGCCAAAUUUUUGCUAGCCUACAGUCGUGUGAAAGCAGUAAAAACAAGUCCCGCCUGGGCAGCCAGAGUGAUGCACUUGCGAUCCAGUCUAUCCGAAAUGUGAGAGGGAAUGGCUUCUGUGUGGAUUGCGACGUGCAGAACCCUGAUUGGGCAAGUUUAAACCUCGGUUCUUUGAUGUGUAUAGAAUGUUCUGGAAUCCAUCGGAACCUCGGCACACAUCUUUCUCGUGUACGGUCACUGGACCUGGAUGAUUGGCCUGUAGAACUUAUCAUGGUAAUGACUUCCAUUGGGAAUUCAGUGGCCAACAGUGUUUGGGAAGAAAAUGUGCAGGGAUGUGCAAAGCCUACCCAGGACAACAGUAGGGAAGAAAAAGAAUGCUGGAUUCGGGCAAAGUAUGAACAGAAGCUUUUCCUUGCUUCUCUUCCACAGUCGGAUGUGCCUCUCGGACAGCAGCUUCUCCGGGCAGUGGUAGAGGAUGACCUCCGACUGGUAGUUCUGCUGCUGGCUCAUGGGACCAAGGAGGAAGUAAAUGAAACUUAUGGUGAUGGUGAUGGACGAACAGCAUUGCACCUCUCCUGUGCCAUGGCAAAUGUUGUGAUAACACAGUUACUCAUCUGGUAUGGUGUGGAUGUGAUGAAUCGAGAUGCACGGGGUCUGACACCAAUGGCAUAUGCCAUGCAAGCAAGAAGCCAGGAAUGUAUCGAUAUCCUUCUUCAGCAUGGUUGUCCUAGUGAUAGCUACAUCACUGUUCCUACUUCUAAUAUUUCUCAGCGGAAUACUAAUGUCAGCAACAACACCCAGUCAGAGCAAAACUGGAGCCCCACUGUUAUCUAGGAGGCAUGUGGUACAUGAAGAAUUGUGGAUACAUAUGUGUCUAAACCAGUGCUGUUCCUUUUGAUGUCAUCAUCACUGCUUUGCCCUGAAACCUUCCUGUUAAAGCUUCCUAAGCCUCUGAAGAAGUAUUUGCAUCUUCAGGUCUGCAAGAGGUGGUCCAGCGGGUGGCAAGUCAGAUAGUGUACUGCAGAAGGUCAUUGUGCAAAGCAUACAUAUCCCAGCUUAUUGAAUAUAUUGGUACAAGUUUUUCUUCAUGUUCCAAGGGUCUCUGCCUUGGUAAAACCAUCAUAUGAAGUCAAACGUUUACAUGUAUUAAAAAUCAUGCUGGCAAAUGAAGGAAAUGUCAUUCUUCAGCAGAUCUAUGGCACAGCCAAGAAAGCUCACUGGUGGAAUAACAGCAAGCUAGGCUGUAAAACGAUGAACUAAUAGCUGCUGGAAGGUGGCUUGAAAUAAAAUUAUUUGAACUUUGUGAACACUGCAAAGAGAUGCGAGGGGAAGAACUAAAUAAAACAGACUGUUACGCCGCUGCAAACCUUAUUUCUUGUUAGUCAUGCACAUUGUGUUUAUCUUCUAAUGCACACCUGUUUCUGCACAUGUGUAGGUAUGCACUGCAUACUGGUUUCAUGCUGUAGUUCACUAGUCCGUAGCUGAAUAGUGACCAAGAGUAAUUAUGUUGUGAGUUUUAUGUGAACGGACCAAGACCCUCAGGCACAAACUGUUUAGUGCCAUUUGGUGCCAUGUAGAAUGAAAUCAGACCAACAUUAACUGUCGUGAGGGUUACCAUUCUGUGUAGCAGUCAGAAUAUAUCACUUGUUUAUUCCUUCAGUUUGCAUGUUGUAAUCAUGAACUUGGAGGCACAAGUUUAAAUGUUACAUAUUCCAUUUAGCACUACUGCCCUGCUUCAUGCUUCAUCACACAGUGUACAUUCCUAAAUGAUAAUGGUAUUUAAUUAUUCUUUUUUUGUGAGUGUUCUUUGGAUUCACAUCUCAGUUUGCAGAAAACUUUAGCUAAAAGCUGCAUGUUAAACCUUCAGUCUCCAUGAACUAAGCCAGUAUGCAUCUUGAAACCAAAGUCAGUAGUUGAGGAGUGACAGUUGCUUGAGCAGUAGUAAACAUUGCCAGACUUUUUUCUUUUUCUUCCAUAUCUUCUCAUGGUAUGAAUGGAAGGUCACAUUUGAUGGCCAUACUUACAAAUACAUACUGAAAAAGGCGUUUGAGGCCUGUAACUCUUUGCAUCAUGUGACCUAUGUUAAUUAGUAUUUAGGACAUCUGAGAUAUUUUUCUGCUUACUAGCUUUGAUGGUUGUAGACUGUAGGUUAGAUAAGGUAGAUACUGAAGUUAAACUUCCCAUGCACUUUAUUUGUUAUAAUGCGAAAAUAUGUGUUUUCAGAAAGCAGUGUGGUACAAAUAUUGAGUUUCUAAAGAUUGCAGUAGCUGGCCAGAAGUCAAUGAUUUUUAGCAGUUGCCUAAAUUAUUUAUAAGUGAUGAGGCCCAGAAUGUAGCAUUCAGUUUAAUCAAAAUGCAAAAUGUUAAAUAUUUUUGAGGUCUUCCUCUCUCCUUCUGUCAUCUGAGAUUAUACCAUUAUUUUUCUGGUCUGUACAGUUACAUUUUAAGUACUUGUAUCUACCUCAGGGAUACCAGUGACGGUGGAUGUCUGUGCUGUCCUUGAAAAUUGUAUGCAUUUAUACCUUCACAAAAUGUGAAGGCUUUGCUAGUUGUUUCACAUAAUCCAAGUGGCCUGUAUAAAAAUGUUGCUUUGUUUCCUGGGGGGCAGGGAUGUGGUGGGUGGAAGCAAAAUAGUGGAUAAGUUAGUUCAGUUUGGGUUCAGUUGUGUAGUUAUUACUGCCUGUAUUUGCAUCUUAACAUAUCUUGCAAGGUGUGUAUUUGUGUUUAUAUAUAUAUAUAUAUAUAUAUAUAUAUAUAUAUAUAUAUAUAUAUAUAUAUAUAUAUAAACACACUCCAUCUAUAUUAUUCAAGGACUACAAAUCCUCAUAAUCACAGCCACUUUUUAUGUUCCUAAAUCUGUAGUCAGUAGAGUUUCAGAUACCAUGUUUUUGCAUAUCCCAUGUAUCCCUUUGUUUCCUUAUCAUUCUUGUAUGAAAUGAUUUUUGAUUUUUUUCUAGAAUAACCGCUGCCCAGUUUUACUUUUGAAUUAACACAGUGAGACAUUAAGAUUAAGUGUUUCCUGUUCUGUAGGUAUGGCAUACAGGUGAGCGUAGGGGAAUUGAGUGAGAAAAAAAAAACUUUUGUAGUAGGGAUAUUCUAGUGCUUUGGUCUUCUUUAUAAAGUUGCCAGAGAAAAUAUUUAUAUGUAUAGGAAUGAAGACUUGUUAUACAGAGUUAUACUUUAUCAUUGUAAUGCGAUACAAAACCAGGAAGUGAAAAAAAAACUUAAAGAAGUUGGGGUCAGAAAGCAGUGAGGUAUAAAAAAAUAAUCCUUUAUAGAUCAAGACUAUAACAAAAUUUUAUUUUUAAGCUUUCAGUAUCACUGUACCAGUCUUACGUUAUUUCUUGACCAUCCAGACAGAGUUUAAUAGAACAGGUCAAAUUGCAUGUCUGGUGGUCAGUUGUCUUGUAACUUUGUUCUUGCUGAACAAAAAAUAUGUACUGUUUAUAAUGAAUCAGUUUGCAUGAUCUGCUUAUGAAACUAAAUUUGUGUUUAAUGUUUUUGGGUUGAAGCUGUACCAUGCAUAAUGUAAGCUCCAGACUAAUUUUGGCUGAGGCCUUUAAUAAUGUUUAACUGUGGAACCUGAAUGCAAAAUGCCAAUGCAGGCAUGCAUACUUGUCAGCAGUGCACUGUUGCCUUCACAACAUCUUGCAUUUUUUUCCUUAUUUUUCUUAUUUUCAUGUAAACCCGUGACACACCAGCGGAUACCCAGGAGCAUUGCAUGGUUAAAUCACUUUAACAGUUAUGCAGCACACAAGUGGUAAUUGGAUGUAAAGCCAGUACUACAGGAUGAAGGGAAGCAGCAGCUCAUAAUGUUGAGCUGCUGUGCCGUGCUUUUAGAUAUUACUGGUAUUGAUCGUAGCAUGACUGUUUUAUACAACAGUGUGCACAUGUGCAUUACCUGUGGCUGGACUGUAAGUAAAGCAUAUCACUCUGUUUAUCCAAUGUGGGCAUCAGCAGAGGACUAUAGCAACACUAAAAUCUUAAGCUGUAUGAAGUGUUACUCUUUUCCUUAUUGUGUUGUCACAUCUCUUAAGUUGUAGAACUAUUUUCAUUGUAGUCUCUGUAGAUUUUAAUGUGAAGGAAACCAUAUAACUUUCUUCUGGCUCCUCUUCCUACAAUUCCUUUAAAAACCUAACUUCCCGUGCUUACUACAGCAUGUCCCUUGGUCCAUGUGUGGUGUUCCCUCUCCAGAGUUAGGGUCUCUGCACACCUUAUUAGUCCCCAGGCCUUUUUUAUUGCUUGCAUAAUUUGGUUCUCAUGCCGGCAUGCAUUGUUGGGCAAGUUUCUGCUUUCAACAUUUAAGAGGCAUAAAUCCAUUUUGUGUAAUUGGGGCAAAGAAGUACUGAGUUCACCACCAUGAUUAAAAUGUUCCAAUUUUAAUAAACGAAGUUAAAACUCAGUAGAACUAUUGCAAAGCUUAAAAACAGAUGAAGCAUCUAGCGACAAGGGCUUUUGGCAAGUUUGCCGCCUUCAGACCGUGACUUCCUGUGCUUCAUUCCAUAUCCUUAAACAAAUAUUCACCAAUCAGGUGAUUUUCUUGCAUUAUUAAUCCCUCCUACCACAGGCUGUCAGUCAUUUGCUGGAGGUAGACAAACCUCCAGUUUUAACCAAUGGAAAGAUGUUUCUGCUUUAGAAUAAGUUUCAAUGGAACCAUUACAUGUAGGCCUUGGGGGGCGGUUAGCUCUUAAGUUUAUUUAUCUAUCCAAUUUUACGAAUCUCAGUAUUGUUUUGAAUAUCCCCAGCUCUAUGUCCUAUCGGCACACAUUCUAUGGCUUUAAAGCUAAAAUAAUGUGUUGGAUUUGAGCUGAUAUGAAAUGCCAGUGCAUUUUUCAUUUCCUUUUGUCGGAUAUUUUGUAAGUGGCGUAAAACCCUGUCUUUCAAGCAUUGGUCAGUUUUGCCUAUGUAGAAACAAGGGCAAAGGUGGCAGCAUGCUAGAUAUACAAGAUGUUCACUGUUGCAGGUUGCUUUAGCAUUAAAUACAUUGCUCUUGCCUGUAGUUGGAUGGAUGGAAAUAUUACUAGUAUCUAUAAACUAACAGGCUUUGCUUCUUUGCCUAGUUUGUACUUUGUUCUGAGUUACCUCUAGUAGUGGAGGCUUAUCUUUUGCCACUUUUGUGUAAUUGUGGGCAUCAGAUCACAGUCAGGGAAAGUCAUAGAUUGUCUUUGUGUGGAAAUCUGAAACUAGCAAUGCUGAGUGUUACUACUGAUUGACAUUCACCACAUUAACUUGCUAUUGUCAGAGAGGCAAGUUAUGGUCAGGUGCUACUUGGAAAUGAAAGCCAAAAAUCCAAAGCACAAGCACAAAAGGCAGAAACUAUGAUACCCAGAAGCCAGCUGUGAAAUGUCUGCGCUUGCCUGUGGUACAAAGUCCAAUGCAUAUGAAUCAGGUUAUCAUACAUUAUUAAGAACUACUGUCCAGACCAGUGCCUGUGAGGUUGAGCAAGGAGGCACCUUUUCCAGACUUCACUUUUUGGAGCAAGAUCUGGAUAUAUACUAUAUCACUAUGCUCAUCUUUGGUAGCUGAUUCCUCUCUUUGAGGAACAAGUCCUUUAUCUUGCAACUUGGUUCUGUUUCUGAACUUGGACAUACUGCAUUGGCAUCCUUGGCCUUUUUCACUAUUGAAUAUUGUGCCAUUAACCUCUUGGCUCUGCUGCUCUUGUAUCCUUGCCUUUCUUAUCAUAAUGUUGGAUUUUUCAAAUUUGUUUGGUGCUCAUUGGAAUAGGUGAGUAGAUGAAUGAGAAUACAAGGCAGCUGGUAAUUCUCCAUGCCAGUGCUAGGCUUAGAGCUAUCUUGUCAACUCCUGUUUUGGCCUCCUGUCCUCAGGUGUCUUUGCACAGCGUCUGGCAAUAGCUGAGUAUGCAGCAUGUCCCUUUGAGCUUCUGAAGUGGAGUAGGCGUGAUUCUAGAGGUAUGGCAAAGAGGGGCUUAGCUCAUUCUCUUCCCAGAGGUUUAAUCAUUUAUUUAUUAUGUAUUUGACAUUUGUUAACUGGAUUAGUCUAGCUGGGCAAGAUGCCCCUUGUCAGCAGAGACCCAAGGAGAAAAGCUCCAGUAACAGAAAAAAGAUAAUAAUACAGUAAGUACAAGGUGUAUUUACAUAUGAAUAAUGUAGAUUUGUCUUGAUAAGUUAGAAAAUAUAAUAUAAAAAACAAUAUGCAUAGGACGAUGUUAUGCCAUACAAAAUAAGGUUAUGAGUCAUCAAAGUAAGAAAAUGUAGCAGAAUAAUAAAUCAAAGGGACACUUAUACAAAGGGAGAAGACAAAGAUAGUAGAAUCAAUAUAAUGAGAGCAGAUCUGAGUGAAUUGUGAGUGGUUAGAGCAGCAGAGUAAAUAACACAUGGCUAGGUCAAGAGAAAGAAGAGAGAAGAAAGAGCAGAGGAAGAGGUGGUAGGUUUAGUAUUCAAGGAGGAUCAUUGCAGAGGCAGGUCCAGGAAUUCUGCAGGUAUUCCUUAAGUGCAGGUUUGAAAAUGUUUAAGCUAUUGCGUGAUUAGAUGUGGAGUAAUCAUGGCUGAGUUUAGAACAGAGAGAAGUCCCUGUUCUUGAGAUUGAUACAAAAUCCAAGUUUUCUGCCUCAGAAUGGCCACACACGCACACACCUUUGCAUAAUACUCUUAUUCUAGAAUGAUAUGUCAUUGCUGCCUGAAACAUGUAUUUAUUUCACCUGGGCAGUUACUAUUUUUAUACUAUAUUUGUUCAACCUUUGUUGUUAACUCAGCUUAUCUGUCUGCAGUGUCCACAAACUUUUUCUCCUUUUUAUUUGUACUGUGACACAGCUGGCUAGAUUAAAAGUCCUGCUGGUCUGCCUUAUACUGACUGCUAAAAGUGUGGCUUAAGGUACUGGGACUCGGAGAAGUAGAUGACUACAGUCUCAACUAAGUAGCAUUGGUUAGAUUUAGAGUGCGCGCCAGUAAAGGGAAGUUUCUCAAGAGGUACUUCUCACAUAAUCCGUCUUAGAUAGCAUGCCCAGUGACCGUGCCUCGUAAGUAGAUGGGAGGAAUAAAUGUAGGUUAAAGUAAGAGCUAUGGAUUGGUAGAUGUACUGUGCUUGAUUGGUACCACUUCUUUUCUUAAUUGCAUUAGAUAAAAAAGUGCUCCUGUAGGUUGUUAUCAUAAUUUGUUUAUUUUACUCAUGAAAAUUCAGUUUCUGCUGAAUAAUUACAAGUCACUGAACACAAACUUGUUUGUAUGGGAGGCCUUAUAAAAACAUAAAACAACUUUACAGUACAUACACAUGAAUUAAGCAGUUUGUUUUUAGUUCAGCUUUCUCAUCUUUGCAGUCUCAAAUGUUACAAUUCCUAAAAGGUUUAUGUUUUGAAUGGUCCUACUACUGUGGCUUGAUUUUGUAUGUUUGUUCUAUGAACUUCCUUUUCUUGCAUUCCAUAAGUAUAGUUUCCAGAAGUCAGUGCUUUGCUUCCCCGUUUUCCUUAUACAUAGGAUCUCAUAAACUGUGUAGUGUGUUUUACUGGUAUCAUCUUCUUAUAUGUGCUGUAACUGUAAAUAAAUCCGAUCAACUUAGCAUAAACUGUUUAACAGUAACUAAGCAUUACUGAGAAUAAUGCAAUAUUUUCACGUCUUCCAGACUUUUUCAUCCUAUAGUUCUGUAUAACGCUAUAUGAUGUGCCAUUUUCGGUGAUCUUAAUAUUGUUUGAGCCAACAUUUUUUGUCGGACAUCAGAUUUUUAGUACAGUUUAAUUUAUAUAUGAAUACCUUAAGCAUUUACAAAUUUAAGAUGUUAUAUCAAAACAUUUUCCAGUAAUUUAUGAAUAUGUUGGUUAACUACAUGCAAUAAUCCCCAACAUUAUUCACCAUGUUUUGGUUACUACAACAAAACAACAUGCAUUUCUUUCAACAAGUGAUGUUUUUUUUAUUUUUUUAUUUUCCAGUAUUGAUGUAGCUGACAUGAACACUACUGGGUGACGUUGACUGUUAAUUAAUAUUUUUUCCAGAAGGAGGAACACACAAAAGUGUACUUGUUAUUUUAACAUGGGUUUUACUUGGGGAGGGAACAUUAAUGAUUCCCUCUAACACGGGUUCAUCAAAAUGACACUACGCAGACUACAGUGCAUGUGGGACAAGGUGCAUGGUUAGGUGUUAUUUCUGUAUUACAGUAACAACUUGAAAUAACAAGAGGAAUCUGAUGGCAUUGAUAUGUUGUUAUUGCUAGAUGUACUGAUGAAGGCUGGCCAUUUGAUAUUGUCUGCCUCUGUUAGGACCAUAAUAUCUUGUAAGGAAAAAUGCGUAUUCUCUCUGUAACAAUGUGACUAGUAACUCUGAAAUGAUAGCUUAUGAUGUUACAUCAUGCACCUAAUAACAUUAAGAUGCAUUAGCUGUCAUUGGUACUGCAAACAGAACACACAUUUUUUGUUCACAAAGCGUUUACGUUUCUAACACAGUUUGUGAUGUUUCUGCUGUAAACUUCACAAAUGCAGUGUCUGUAUUCAGUACAUUUGAACUGUUGACAGUUUUUAACACACAGUGGUUAUGUAGACUGGGGUGCUUAAUUGAUUGGUGCAGAUGCUGUAGGUUAGCUUUCACUUCAGUUGUUGAAUAUGUUCCACCAGAUGAUGUUAUGCUGUUUGUAACUUGUGCAGUGUGAUUUGCAGGCACACUGCAAGACUUGGAUAAUUAGCAUAACUACAAGGAAAUACACUUGUUAAUUGCAUAUGGAUUAUCUGCUUAUGCAAAAUGUAGGAAUAUAGUUUUAAUUGGCAUUAUAUCUGAUGUCAGUUUAUUACAUUUGCUGUACUCACCUGAGCUUUCUCCAUAGUAUUUUGUACCCAAUAGUUCAUAAAAAACACCAUGAAAAACGUGCAUUCUUGUAUUGCAUAAUCCUGAGCUUGUCAUUUUUUUUAAUUAAUGUGACACUAGGUAAAUCAUUUUUUACACAGGGCACCCCACUUUCAGGAGCUUUCCCAAACACCCCUUUACUUUGUUAUUCUCACUGUGAAAUCACUGCUCAUUAGAGAAAGAGCCAUCAGUGACAGUGCAACACCUUACUUUUUCCUCUGAGGUACAUCAGCGUGUACCACCCACAACUCUGUUGCAAAUACUGAAAAAUUUCUGUGUACUGAGAAUUGAGCAGUGAAACACAAGCAAACACCAACCCCACUUAGUAUGCAUGAACAUAAGUCACUUGAAUUUGGGUAAUCCAGACAAGUGACUAUAAACUCUCUCAUAAGGUAACCGUUAACAGUAGUUGCUGGUGGUUUGAAUGAAAUCAAAAUAAAAGAUUCACUUGGGGUGAAAUUGUUGACUGAUGACAAAAUCAGUUUUGAAAUUUACAGUCUGGGGAAGUUUGUUACAGUCUGAGUUAUGCUGAUGCCAGCUUUCUAGAUACUUUUUUUUUUGGGGGGGGGGGCAGGAAAGUCACUUUAACAAUAAACAUGUACUAGCAAGGGGAAAUGCAUUGCUGAUCAUGCAUAAAGGAGGCUCAGUGUUAUGCUUUGCUGUCAUUGUCAACGUGAAACAGAUGUAAAGAGACCUUACAAAUGAACUACUGUGUUAGGUAAUGCAUGACUGAAUCUUUCUGCAAGCCAUUUGAACUACUGUCUGGAUGCCUUGCAGACCACUAGCGGAAAUCGAGUUGAGCUGAGGCUUGUAUCUAAUCAAAGCUGCACGAUAAGUCAGGUAGCUAAGAACUGUCUUUAUGGAAAACACUAAAGAUGCUUGUCUUGAAAUGCAAAUAUUUACUUAAAACUGUAGCAGGUAACAAGACUGUUGGUCAAAUGUUAUAACCUGUAAUCUUGUCAUUACAUUGAAAAGGAAAAAUAGUCUGUUGUUCUUCUGCAUGGAUGUGAAUACACUAAGCAGCCCUUCUGCAUGAUGCAGUCACAUGUUUCUGCUAAGAAAAGAGUAAAGAAACCUGUGUGAAUAUGGUGCUUAAAUAUUUAAAUAUUCCUGGCUAGGGUUUCUGUAUUAGAUGUGCUUUGGUGGGUUCAGCUUUAAUUUGUCUUCCAGAAAGAAUGGGGAAGGGUGGGGCCAGGGUGGAGUACGCUUUCACAGAAAGAAUGUUUGAUGUGUGGCUCACUAAAGUGCAGGCAAAUGUGGCACCUGACCUGUAUGGGGGCCUGUCAAGGUACAGGGCAUUUUAACUGUGUAACAUAUUUGCUCCAUGUAUAUAAUAUGUACAUUUGAAAUAUUUAUAAUGAAGUUUGUAAAUAAUUGUUGCAAGUUUUUUUUUUUUUCCUUUGCAUUGAAAUUUUGCUCUGUGCCCAAAUAAAUGUUCCAGUCACAGAUGCUAAAAUAAAAUGUAGUUGUGGAACCCCAAAAAUCUAAAA